UCUGGAUGGAUAAGCUUUUAUAUCGACCGUUCCGCCCGCUAGCAGGAUUGAAUGGAUGGAUCGAAUUGGAAUUGUUGAAACUCGAAGGAAGGCUGGGCGCAAACCUUACUGGGCUUUUGCUUUGGUCUGUGCUGAGUUCACUUGGGCUUUUGUUGUUGUAUAGCAAAGCAACUGGCCGUCAGCGGCUGUCAUGAUUCUUCGAUUAGAAGCCUCUGGUUGAUUUGGUUACCGGAUUGGACUUUGGAUACAGGCUUCUGCAUCUAUCUUCAUUCUCCUUUCGUCCUUUCUCAUCUCGACAUCUUUGAAUAAAGUCACCAUGGCAAGCAUUGUUAGCCGUCCGCUCAACCGCUUGCGCAAGUCCGACGCCUACAAGCCUCUCCACGAACGAUGGGGCGACGUCACCAUCUCAGCUCCCACCGACGGGUCUUGGAACCAAUUCGACAAUCCCCAUCAGACGUCCCAUCGCACCCUAGGCUACGGUCCUGGCUUCGUCCCCGAGCACCCGCCCCGGGGCUCUGCCUCCCACGUCGAGGACCACGUUCCCUCGACGCGAUCGACUAGACAUGUCAACUCAUCCCGGCAAAGCACCUUCUCCAUGAGCACAUUGAACCCUCGUCGUCUGUCAGUGCGCCUCGCACCUCGCUCCAGGCAUGCAGUAGACAGCACGGGCCACGAACUCGCCGGCCCCGAGAGCAACCGGGCCAGUCGAACCGAGUUCGCAUAUAAGCCUAUCCAUCAAGACUAUCCGACCGAGGUGGCCGAGCACUCCGCGACGCACGACCAUCCCUCGCCUCGGUUUCGGUAUAUCCCCGCCACGCCGCGGUACGCAGAAGACAUGGGGAUGCCGUCGCCCUACUCAUCCUCCUCCUCGUCUACUUCCUUCUCCCGAUCGCGGGAGAGCGUGCGUCUCGGCGUCAACGUCGAUCGUCGCGACCGCGACAGACAGACCAUGUACUCUGACGACCUGAACGAGGAAGACGAGGACGAGUACUGCUCGCAUCGACCCGGUCGAUCAUCUUCUCGUCUCUCGAGGUCCGGAUACCGCAGUAGCUCGGAUUUCAGCCAGCGAGCGAGUUCCCUCUUCGGAGGGCGCAAUACCGGCGCUUCCUCGUCCGAGAAGAAGAGGUAUCGAUCCAGUACGAGGUACAUGACUACGGACAUGGUUCCUGAUGCGGAUGAGAUUUAUGGAUGAGAAAUAUCUUCUUGCGGGAGCUUUUAUGAUUUUUGUUUCGUUUGGAUUGCAUUUUGGCGGAUCUUUUUGUUUUUCUUUUUAAGCAUACCGGAGCCAGGGUUAGGCGUUGGCGGUUGAUUUAACGCACAUUGAUAAUGGGCCAUAUGAACAUAUGAAUGAGCUAUCAAGAGAUUAUGAAUACUAUGAAUAUGGACUACA